GUGUUCGCGUCGGCUGGUGCCUCUGUCGCCGGAGGAAGGAACAUUUCAGCCCCUGAGACGUUAGCGUCUAGUAACCCAGAGAUAGAGGAGAUGCCCCUCCUUAGAGAACCUUAAGAGCAGGGCGCCAAGGGUUUCUUUGAACACCCGUGGCAUCCUCCAAAGAACUUUGUUGUCGCUUCUGCUGGAGUACCCCGGGGACAGUCAGUCUUUCGAGGCCACCCUUAGCCCUACUUAGAGAUCUCUACGACCCUGAUCCUGACCAUGAGUUAAUGUAAGGUCAAGAGAACGGCUACCCUUACUAGGACAAGAACCUUCAUCAACACCCUUUCUUUUUCCAUUUUUACAAGCCGCCAUUGUACUUGGUCAACAGGUCCAACUUGUCUAUUUCUAGGAAGAUCCACUCACUGGUUUGAUACCAGACUUGACAAGGCCUCAGUUGUCCAAGGCACUCGGGAGGAUGUCACACGUAGGGGUGAAACUGCUCCUAGAGCAGAUGAAGAUGAGACAUCCGGAGGUGAAGGCAUGCUUGUACCCCCACGUGGAAGCUUUCUGGGAGACUAAGGAAUCCAUGAAAGAGAGCUCCAGUGAGAGAAGGAAAUCUGGCCUCCAGAUGGAUGGUCUUGGUCCUGAGGGCGCCCGUCAGCACUUCCGGAGUUUCUGUUAUCAAGAAGCCCCGGGACUGUAUGAGGCCGUCACCCAGCUUCAGGAAUUAUGCCACCAGUGGCUGAGGCCAGAGAUCCACUCGAAGGAGCAGAUCUUGGAACUGCUGGUGCUCGAGCAGUUCCUGAGCAUUCUGCCCAGGAGCACCCAGACCUGGGUGCAGAGGUAUCAUCCACAGAGCAUCAAAGAGGCCAUGGCCCUGGUAGAGCGCUUUCAGAGAGAACCUGGUGGACUAAGGGAUGAGGUCACAGCCCAUGAGCUGGGAAAGGAGGCAGUGCACUUGGGAGGAAUGGCAGUGGCACCGGGCUUUAAGUGGAAUACUCACACAGAAACCCAGCCUGUAUAUGAAAGAGCUCUGCCUGCUCGACAGAGUCUAACCUUUUCUGAGCAGAAAAGCACUCCAACCUGGAAGAUGGCAUCUGAGCUCACCUUGCCUGAGUUCCAGAGUUUGUUAACAUUUGAAGAUGUGGCUGUGUAUUUUACUGAGGAAGAAUGGGCAUUACUGGACCCUAAUCAGAAGAUCCUUUACAAUGAUGUAAUGCAGGAAAACUAUGAGAAUGUCAUCUGUCUAGGGUUAAAGCUCAAAAAUGACACUGGGAACGACCAACCUACAUCUGUUUCUACAUUAGAAAUACAAGCAUCAGGAUGCAAGGUGUUAAGAAAGGCCAGAAUCAAAGUUGCCCAGAAAACCACAGGCAAAGAAAAUCCUGGUGUUCCGAGCAGGGUUCAGAGACGGCAUCGAGCUUUUCUAGGGAGGAAAAGAGAGAAACUUCCAACGUGUAAACAAGAACUUCCAAAACAUAGGGAUCAUCCUGGGAAAGGCCACGCAGGAGAGAAACUUUUUAAGUGUCAGGAAUGUGAGAAAAGCUUCAAAGGUAGUUCUGGCCUUAUUAAGCACCAGAGAAUUCACACUGAAGAGAAACCCUAUAAAUGCCAGCAGUGUGAUAGGAAGUUUAGGUGGAGUUCGGAUCUUAAUAAGCACUUAGUGGCACACCAAGGAAUAAAACCAUACAGAUGCUCCUGGUGUGGAAAAAGCUUCGGUCACAGUAGAAAUGUACACAUACACCUAAGAAUUCACACGGGAGAGAAGCCCUUCAAAUGUUGUGAAUGUGGAAAAAGAUUCACCCAGAACUCUCAUCUCAUUAGACACCAGAGAACCCACACGGGCGAGCAGCCGUACGCUUGCAGUGUGUGCAAAAGGAGCUUUAGUAGGCGGUCAAGCCUGCUCCGGCACCAGAAACUCCACUGGAGCAGGGAAUCCUGUCCAGGGAAUCCCGUCCAGGGCCUCCAGUCUGAAGAAAAGCACCAUAAGGAUCCCGACCCCAGAGGUGAUGAAAGAGCAUAGCACUCUGAGGCACCAAUGAGAAGUUGUCUGUCAGCAGCGGGGAAUUUCGGAGGGGUACAUGCUGUCCUGCACAGAAGGGAAUCGAAGCGGUCUCUCUCGGUCAGCAUUGUAUCCUCAGUGCCUGGCACAAGACUGAUACGCAAUGAGUACUUGAGAAAUAAAAGAGUGGAAAUAAUA